AUGGAGAUCACGACGACGACAAGCACGAUGGUAAAGCCCGUCUACUCUACCCCGCACCCUCUCGCCGGCGACAAGGUUCCGCUGACCGUCUUCGACCUAGCCGCCUUCGACAUCUUCGUGCCUAUCGUGUUCGCCUACCCGGCGCCGGCGCCGUCCAACGAGGCCCUCAAGGAGGGACUCCGCAGGGCCGUGGCGCUGUACCCUCACCUCGCGGGCCGCCUCGCUGUCGACGACCGCGGCCGCCGGUUCUUCCACUUGAACGACGAGGGCGUGCUUGUGGUAGAAACAGCCCUCUCGGCCGACCUGGCCGACGUGCUCGACGACGGUAUGGCUGCCUCCAACGUCGACGAGCUGUACCCGACGCCUCCAGAGGACAACUUUGGGGCGGCACUGCUGCAGAUCAAGCUCAACCGCUACAAGUGCGGCGGCCUCGUGAUCGGCAUCACCAGCCACCACCAAGUCGCCGACGGCCACUCCAUGAGCACCUUCCUAACCACGUGGGCUAGCGCGGUGCGCGCGGGCAAGGACUUCAACUUUACAGCGCCGCCGCCCUUCCUCAACCGCGCGGCGACCGCCGUGCCCCGUGCCACGCCGGCUCCAGCUUUCGACCACCGGUCCAUCGAGUUCAAGGGAGGGGACGAUGGCGGCCGCAACUCCAAGCCCUACGCCGUCGUGCCCAUGGACAAGAUCAAGAACGUCACCGUGCACUUCACCGACGAGUUCGUCGCUGACCUCAAAGCGCGCGUCGGCGUCCGGUGCAGCACGUUCCAGUGCCUCCUCGCGCACGCGUGGAAGAAGAUCACGGCGGCGCGGGACCUCGAGCUGGAGGAGUUCACGCAGGUGAGGGUGGCGGUGAACUGCAGGGGUAGGGCUAGCCCUGCCGUGCCGACGGACUUCUUCGGCAACAUAGUGCUGUGGGCGUUCCCGAAGCUCCAGGUCAAGGACCUGCUGAACUCGAGCUACAGCCGCGUGGUCGACGAGAUCCGCGACGCCGUGGCGCGCGUCGACGGCGAGUACAUCCAGUCCUUUGUCGACUUUGGGGCCGCAGCGGACGUGAACGGGGAGGAGCUCGUCGCGACGGCAGCGGCGCCCGGCACGAUGCUGAGCCCGGACCUGGAGGUGGACAGCUGGCUAGGGUUCCAGUUCCACCAGAUGGACCUCGGCGCCGGGCCGCCCUGCGCGUUCCUGCCGCCCGACCUGCCCAUCGAGGGGCUCAUGAUCUUCGUGCCGUCGCGCACUGCAAAGGGCGGUGUCGACCUGUUCAUGGCCGUCGCGGAGUGCCAUGUCGACGCGUUCGAGCAGAUCUGCCACUCCGUCGAUUGA